UGCAGGUAGUGAGGAACAAGGCCGGCGGCACUGCGCUUGCUGGUGGUGAUGUGCUUGUGUCCUGCUUUGUUCUCCCCUGAUCAAAGCCGUGCAGAUGGAUUUAUUCCAGUAACUUUCAGCUGUAUUGAGGCUCGGAGGGACCUUUGACAGGAUGUUGGGAUUUCUGAAGAAGCCGGUUGUGGUUACUGCAGAGAUAAAUGUGAACCUCGUGGCAUUGACCGUGAUGGGAUUAAUAAGCCGUCUUUGGGGGCUUUCCUAUCCACGGGCUGUAGUUUUUGAUGAAGUUUAUUAUGGCCAAUUCGUUUCUCUCUACAUGAAGAGGAUCUUUUUCGUGGAUGACAGUGGCCCACCUUUUGGCCAUAUGCUGCUAGCGUUGGGAGGUUACUUAGGAGGAUUUGAUGGAAACUUCUUAUGGAACAGGAUUGGAGCUGAAUAUACUGUGAAUGUUCCUGUUUGGUCCUUGCGACUCCUGCCAGCGCUGGCUGGUGCUCUCUGUGUGCCUUUAGCAUACCAGAUUUUGGUGGAACUGCAGUUCUCCCACUGUGCUGCACUUGGAGCUGCUCUCCUAAUUCUCUUAGAGAACUCGUUAAUCACUCAGUCAAGGUUCAUGCUCCUGGAAUCGAUACUGAUUUUUUUUACCCUACUUGCAGUUUUGUCCUACCUGAAGUUCUACAAUUUGCAAAGGCACAGUUUCUUCUCUGGGAGCUGGUGGUUUUGGCUUCUGUUGACUGGAGUAGCUUGUUCUUGUGCAGUUGGAGUGAAAUAUAUGGGCCUGUUUACCUAUAUGCUGCUCUUGGCCAUCGCAGGGCUGCACUUCUGGCACAUGAUAGGAGACCAGAAAUUUUCAAAUGUUUCCUUGAUGUGCCAUUUUCUAGCUAGAGGACUGGCCCUUGUCAUCAUCCCAGUGGCAAUGUACCUGUCCUUCUUCUAUGUUCACUUGACUUUGCUGUAUCGCUCUGGGCCUCAUGACCAGAUUAUGACAAGUGCUUUCCAAGCCAGCUUAGAGGGUGGGCUGGCUCGAAUCACUCAGGGUCAGCCCUUAGAGGUGGCCUACGGCUCUCAGAUUACUCUGCGGAACGUGUUGGGCAAGCCCAUGCAGUGUUGGCUCCAUUCUCACACGAAUACUUAUCCCAUCAGGUAUGAGAAUGGCCGAGGUAGUUCCCAUCAACAGCAGGUGACCUGUUAUCCCUUCAAGGAUGUAAACAACUGGUGGAUUGUCAAAGAUCCUGGAAUGCAGCAGCUGGUGGUGAGUAACCCACCCCGUCCUGUCAGGCACGGACACAUCGUGCAGCUGGUCCAUGGCAUCACGACUCGGUACCUCAACACGCAUGAUGUUGCUGCCCCUCUUAGCCCCCACUCCCAAGAAGUUUCCUGCUAUAUUGAUUAUAACAUCUCCAUGCCAGCACAGAACCUUUGGAGAGUGGAAAUUGUAAAUCGGGAGUCUGACACAGAUGUGUGGAAGACAAUUCUGUCAGAAGUGAGAUUUGUUCACGUGAACACCUCUGCAGUGCUGAAGCUCAGUGGAGCAUCUUUACCCGAGUGGGGAUACCGGCAGCUGGAGGUGGUUGGUGAGAAGCUGUCCAAAGGCUACCACCAGAGCAUGGUGUGGAAUGUGGAAGAGCACAGAUACGGGAAAAGCCAAGAGCAAAAAGAGAGGGAAGUGGAACUCCACUCUCCCACUCAGAUGGACAUAAGUAAAAACCUCAGCUUCAUGGCAAAGUUCAUGGAAUUGCAGUGGAAAAUACUCACGUUAAAAAAUGAAGACACGGAACAUAAGUACAGCUCCUCUGCUCUUGACUGGAUCACAAUGGACACAAAUAUUGCCUACUGGCUCCACCCGACCUCUGGUGCCCAGAUCCACCUCCUUGGGAAUGUUGUCACCUGGGCUUCAGCCAACAUUGCUGCUCUGGUCUACAUGUGUCUGUCCCUGUGGUACUUGAUACGACGAAGAAGAAAAAUUUACGACAUUCCUGAAGAUGCAUGGCAGCUGUGGGUAUCAGCCGGGGGCAUCUGUGGUGGAGGCUGGGCUGUGAAUUACCUGCCCUUCUUCCUGCUGGAGAAAACACUUUUCCUGUACCACUACCUGCCUGCCCUCACAUUCCAGAUCCUCCUGAUUCCCAUCGUGUUACAGCAUCUCAGCGAUCAUCUCUGCAGAUCUCUGCUUCUCAAGAGCAUGUUUAGUGCAUCGAUUGUAGCCUGGUUUUCGUCAGUUUACCUUGUCUACUGCACCUUCAGCCCUGUGACCUAUGGGCAGCCCUCACUCUCUGUUACUGAACUCAAGGACUUGCGCUGGAAGGACAGCUGGAACAUCCUUAUCCGAAAACAGUAACUAUUACACUCUUGUUACAGGCAAAAGGAAACUCCUUUUAUGCAAAGCCAAGAAUUUAUUGUUAGUGUAAUUGAAAUCUUAACAGUCUGAUCAAAUAACUGAUAGUAGUCCAGAUCUAAUUAUUACAGGAAAAGAAAAUAAAAGAAUACUGUUACAGAAAA